CAAGAAUGCAUUAUAAAACAAUUUCAUUCGCCUUUGCAUAUUUUGUUGUAGUUGUGUUUAUAGCUUUUAUGUGGUAGAGCCGACAUUGACGACCUCAUUCGAGGCCAAUAUGCAAUGUUCUCGUUAAUUUUGCGGUGAAAAUACAUUUAAACUAUAUUUCGUUCGGAGUGUAUGAAGUUAAAUCGUCAAGGAAAAAAUGUAAUCUAAAAUGUGGAAUUGAAUGAGAAUAGCUCAAAACCAAUAUGGGAGAAAGUGACAACGAAGACAAGAAGGCCAAUAAAAGUGGUACAACUGAUGCUAAACCCACAGCCAAAAAGCAGGAAAAUGAUCACUCCGAUGUGGAAAGCAGAAACGGCGAUCAUGAUAAGUCGGACAAACAAACAAAACCGAUUUACGCGCAAACAUCUAAAGAUGAUGUCAAUACUAAGGCCAACAGCGAUUCUAAAGAGUCGGCUUCUGCAAAGCAAACACUUAAUGCCACCACCCAUCAUCCGAAUAUUGCAACAUCAAAGGACUCAUUAAAAAGCAAAGAACCCAUUCGUGUUGGUUUCUAUGAUAUCGAAAGAACCAUUGGAAAAGGGAAUUUUGCAGUGGUAAAAUUGGCACGACAUCGUAUAACUAAAAAUGAGGUUGCUAUAAAAAUUAUCGAUAAAUCCCAAUUGGAUACAACCAAUUUGCAAAAAGUUUAUCGUGAAGUGGAAAUUAUGAAACGUCUGAACCAUCCCCAUAUUAUUAAGUUGUACCAGGUGAUGGAAACAAAAAAUAUGAUUUAUAUUGUUUCGGAGUACGCAAGUCAAGGGGAAAUAUUUGAUUACAUUGCCAAAUAUGGUCGAAUGUCGGAAACUGCAGCACGUUUUAAAUUUUGGCAAAUUUUAUCAGCUGUGGAUUACUGCCACAAAAAAGGAAUUGUCCACAGAGAUCUUAAGGCUGAAAAUCUACUUUUGGACAAUAAUAUGAAUAUAAAAAUAGCUGAUUUUGGAUUUUCGAAUCAUUUUAAAGUAGGAGAACUACUUGCCACUUGGUGUGGCUCGCCACCAUAUGCAGCACCUGAAGUUUUCGAAGGAAAGCAAUAUACUGGACCAGAAAUCGAUAUAUGGUCACUUGGUGUUGUACUAUAUGUUUUGGUAUGUGGAGCACUGCCAUUUGAUGGUUCUACAUUACAAAGUCUUAGGGACCGUGUACUCUCUGGACGUUUUCGUAUACCAUUCUUUAUGUCUUCAGAGUGCGAACAUUUAAUAAGACGUAUGCUAGUGUUAGAGCCAUCUCGACGCUAUACCAUCGAACAAAUUAAACUUCAUCGCUGGAUGUGUCCAGAAAUUUUAGAACUAUCAAAUAUAGCGAAAUUCAACGUUAAUAUGGAUGGUACCACAAACAUCGAACCCAACGAGGACAUAAUGCGCAUAAUGUCCGAAUUCGCUGGCAUACCACCGGAAAAGACCAGAGCCAGUCUUAAGAAGAACAGUUACGAUCAUGUAGCAGCUAUUUAUCUUCUCUUGCAAGAUCGUGUUUAUAACAAGAAGAUGGCACAAGAAAAACAACAAAUGUGUGGAGGAAGUAUUGGCCUUAAUAAUACCACCAGUAAUGCCACUAUUGCAUCAUCGUCUUCACUGCCAAAAUACGCUGGUGGUAGUAAACAGCAUGCCCUAUCAACCUUAUCUACGCUAUCGUCAGCCUCUGCUACAGCCCAGUAUUCGUCCAAAAUAUUGUACAAACACAAUAGCAAGACAUCGGCAGCAACAGAACAUCAUCAUCAAAGGUUGAAAGCAAAUCAUGUACUGCAUGAGGAUCAGGUUAGCAAUAAUUUGCAUCUGAUAAAGGAACACUAUAGUCUUUUGUCGAAACUUAGUCGACAGACCUUGUUGAGUGAGCGAUCGGCUCCGGUUACAGGAACAGCUGAACAUUUGCUGCAGUCUAAAAUGGUCGAUAAUCAUCUGAGAUAUCAUUCGGAAAAGAGUGGUGGACGCACAUCACGCCAGGACUUGGGCAAUAGCCAUCGCCCAAUAGGUUGUUCAUCUUACAGUAUAGACAAUAAUAAACAUUCCAUUACCAAUCUAAAUAGUCGCGAUGUAUUGGCUUCGAAUCAGCGUCUUAAUGGUGGGCCACCGGUGCGUAUUAUUGACGAACGUUCUAUGCGUGAACGUAUGUUUAGUGGAGCUGGUGGUAUUGCUCAUUUCAAUAUUGAAGAAAGUAUCCUAAAACAGAGUUCAGAAGACUGUAGGCUUUUACUGCAAAAGGCCACUGCCAUAUCAGAAUCCAAGAACAAUAAACACCAACAAAAACCAAAAACGACUGAGGAUAAACAAAUGUCCGAUACAAAACUCAACGAAUCCAAGCCCCUAUCCAGCUCAACUAGUUUCGAUUCAUCCGCAGUUUUAGAUCAAAGUCUAAGUUUUCGCUACAAAAUGUCUGCCGAGGCCACAAAACUAUUUCAAACUCUACAAGAAAGUCCUCUACCAGUGGAGGAAUCCGGUAGCAAAGAAAUUACCAAAACUAAAUCAAAUAUUACUCUCAACUCGAAUGGUGAUCACAAGUCAAACUUGUCGGGCAAAACUCAAUUACAAAAUAAUGCGGAAAAUUACACAGGUACAAAUGGCAAUGAUAGAUCUACAACGAAAGUUACAUCGAAGAAAGUUUCUGCUCAAUGUAGUUCAAGUACAGAUGAAGGUUGUGAAACUGAUAUGGGAGGGACAAGUGAUACAAAAGAUACUUCGCAAUCCUCGAUCGAUUUAAGAAAUCAACGAAUACAAUCAUAUGCUAGUAGCAGCUCUUCGAGUGGUGUCAUUGGCAGUUAUUCGAAGAGUCUAAGUCAAAAUUUAAGUAGAGGAUCUUCGAAAAGUAAUUGUUCAACAUUUGAGAGUAUUGAUUUUAAUUUAGUUACAAGCAUCGAUCUAGCCGGUAGUCUACCUUCAUGUGCUAGUAACUCCACACUUGCAGCUUCGGCUUCCGGCGCUGCUAGUGUUACCGGAAGUGGUAGUGUCAAUUCGGAACAUUCAUCGGAACGUUCAUUUUAUAAUAGCAAUAAUUCAUGUGUAUAUAUGCCACCUGUAACAAGUACAUCGUCAAUGUUAUCCACUAAGUCGACUCCCUAUACCGAUAAACGUUCACCGAUACAUUUUAGGGAAGGACGUCGUGCUAGUGAUGGCUUAGUAGCCCAAGGCAUUGUAAGUGCAGCAGGUCCUCUACACAAUGGGACAGCGUACGGUAGUUAUCGCUACGACAACCAUAAACGCAAUGGUUGGCUCGAACUGCAACAACUGCAAAGGGAAGCUCACACCCUUAAAUCUAAGUACAGAUCAAAUCUGCCAUUGGAUGAGUUUAACAAUUGUCAAUUUCAACAUAGUCAAUUCUAUACACUGUCAAACAGAAUACCUGUGGAAUUCCAUCAACCAUAUGCGCCGCAUUUGGUGCGUGCUAUGGAAAAUAUGGAGAAUUUUCCCGAUAAAAAUGGUACAAUACAUCCGUCAUUGUAUCAUUAUUUGCGUUUGGAUGCAGCAAAUGCCGCAUAUGCUGGCAGUAUGCCUAGAGCUCAUCAUGAAGGUUUACUCUAUAGUCAGCUGAAUGCAGCUGCCAUGUUGCCCAUGCAAAAACCACCGCUGCAACAACAACUACUUCAACAUAGAUUGCUGCAACAAAAACGGCAGCUAUUUCAAAAACAAUAUGCUUUGGAGUCGCAUCUUGCGCGACCACAUCACAUGCUAAGAGAGCAUGGCUACAAGUUAAGUCCUCAUCCACAUGGAGUGCCUAUAACGCCCACAUCUACACCACCGCCUCAAACCAUGCCACAUCCUGAUGAACUAAUGGAGUUGCAUAUGCUUGAACGCAGUGGCAAACUGCAUCACAACUCAUUGGCACCGUUAGCAGCAUACUCCAGCAAUCAUCAUGCCGCCAUUAACAAUCAUUACAUGAAAACAACAUACAUUAAACAGCAAUCGGCCGAUGUGGCUGUGCUACCCAUGACCCGAAGCAGAAGUCCAAAUAUGAGUCGACAUGCUUCGGAAACUUGGAAUUCCUUAAGUGCAGCGACCAUAGUGCACAAGAAAAUGUCACCGGUAAAACUGGAGAAUGGAACUGUAAAUCGUGGAUCAGCCUCGACGCCAACAUCUGCGCUAGCACCACCACCACCGACACCACAUGCAUACCAUCCAACAUCUUCAUCAAAUUCAUUGACAUUAGCCUCAACUCCACCGCCACAUCCUACUUCAUCUUUAACACUCUCAUCACCACCUGCCACACCAUCAACGUCUCUGGCACCAACGGUUUCCUCGCUGUCACUGACAAAGCAAUCAUCUUCCAACUCAUCCUCGUCAUCAUCCUCAUAUUCAUCAUGCACAACAGCAACAAAUUUAUAUACACCGAAUUGGCAGACUGUCAUAAAACCGCUUAGCGAAAGUCCUAUAUUAGAAAUGGCCGAGCACAUGGAAUCCGUUUAAGAGCACAUACCGUAUCCUUUAUAUUCUCUAUCUGUUACGCUCUUUCUACUUACUCAUCCCCUCAAUACUUUUCCUACUCUACUCCUAUAUCGUAAAUCAAUUAUUAAUUUUUUUUUUUUGGUUGGCAAAAAUAGUAAUAUUUAAAAUCAUUAAGUAGUUAAUACCCAAUAAGCAAAAACCUUUGAAAUGAUGUAAAUAUGUAUUUGAAAACCUAU